GCGCUUUACUCUAGUUAUAAUGUAUUAUGAUCUUAUUAAAUUAUUUAACUAUAGCAAAUUUACAUGAUUGGGUGUAAAUACCUAUAGAUAAGCAUUUACCUAUGUGAGGUUUUUUUUUUUGUCACCAUUUUCUAUAUAAGCAUUUACUGCCUACAUUCUACAAGUUCAGUUUUAAGUACUAAUUACCAUGAGGCCUCCAAUCUCUCCAUUGAAGAUCAACAAGGACUCUUGUUACAUCAAGAAAUCUCAGCACCAACACCAGCAGCGGCAUCAUCCAGUUAUAAUUUAUACUCAUUCGCCCAAAAUAAUUCAUACCAAUCCGUGUGAUUUCAUGUCAUUAGUCCAAAAACUCACUGGCCUUUCCAGUCAUCAUCACCCUAAUUCUGACUCAGAUACUAAUUAUCAUGAAAUUGACUCUAAUUCAGAUGAAAAUCACAACAGCAGUUGUAAUGCCGCCGUGGUUAAUUCAUCAUUUCCUUGUUGCAUUCCUACUGGGCAACCCAUUUUUGAUCCGCCUAAUACUAGUGAAAAUGGAGAUGCAUAUAGUCAGAAUAUUCAUAAUGAUUUUGGAGAUAGCUUGGAUUUCUUGUGCUCAACUCAUGACCCGCUCUGUAGUUAUACGGAUUCCUUCUUCUACAUUGAGUCUACUAUGAAAUCCUCCAUCACUUCUUCUCCGUCUUCGUCGUUUGAAAGCAUGAAGGAGCUUCCAGAUUUUUGAAUUGAAUCUUAAA